CUUACAUCAUCAGAACGAAUGUCAUCUCAAAUUACGAAAAAGCCAUCUUUAAAGCUCUAAUUAAACAAGAAGACAUUGGAUACUUUGGCUAAGGAGAAAACCAACAUUCCUCCUAGUUCCAAAUGCUCUCAAAAGACAGUCUCCUCUAUUAACACAACUAGCUGCACAUCUUCAUCUUCCAAAUAAAACUACCCAUGUAAAGAAUCAAAGUCAAAUCCCUCCAAAAAUUCCGAUUAACAUUCAUAAUUAAUUCAAUAUUUGCUCUAAGAAAAUAUAGAAUUACAAAAGCAGAACUAAGACAAGGAUUAAUUGAUAAAUUUCUUGAGUACAAAACAAUCCCCCAAGAGAAGAUCAAUUUUAAAUACAGAAAGGAGCACUGAAAUCAAAUCUUAAAAACUUCCUUAGAUUUCAUAGGCUAAAAAUUCACUAGAGAUUGAUAAUUUAAACGAAGGAGUCUAAGCACCAUUUUGUUUUACAUUUUGUCAAUAAGAUACUCAGAGUUAAUAAAGUGUCAGAAAUAAAAAAUUGCCCAAAGAAUUUUAAAUUGUACCAAACAAAAAAAGAUAUUUUGUAUGAUUAUAGAAAGUUCAUCAAUGAUGAUAUUAUAUUUCAAUUUAUUUGUGUUUAUAUUCAUAACAAUUCAAAAA